AUGGCCAGUGAUAAGAGCCAACUCUACGAGCACCCGCUAGCAAGAGAGAAUCUCCAAACGCUCAAGGCCCUCCAAACCGAAGGCCAGACCAUGACAGGCUUCUUCAAAUGGGGCUUUAUCAUCUACCGAUGCGACUACUCAGAUGAUGCCCUCUUCGACAGGUUUGUGGCCUACUUGCGGGACCAGGCUGAGGAUUACCACCGCCUUAGCCACCAGGACCGUACCACGGGUCUCUACCUCCAAUGGACUGUCGUGCAAGACCGCAAGGCCCUCGACGGGGCCACAAAGGACCAAGCACGGCAGCGCUUCGUGGAGUGGCGCGACGGCCUGUCGGUUGGGCGUGACGGGCCUGGCGCGGAUCACCGCGUCACACCAUACCUCCCGCGCUUCGAGUACUGCGUGCACGUCGGCAGGGACAGCCUCGACAGCCUUAUUGCGCACGAGGAGGCGCCGCAGGCCGGGAAGAGCAAGUGCGCAGUGACCCCGGUGUUCUUUGCUGUCGUGCGGGCCGCGCAGAGGCCGGCUGGGUUGCCUGAGGGCUAUGACGACCCCAAGGAGGGGGACGAGGGGGAUGACUACAUCGAUGACUCUGCGACUAAACCGCCUGCCAUCGAGGGCUGCACGGAUCAGGGCGUUGGGUGGAUGUAUGUGGCUGCUGACGACUGGGUUGAGCUUUAUGAGGAGCUGCAUGUUGACCAGGCUUGGUACAUCCUUUAUAGACGGCCUCCAGGAGUGGUCAAGGUCUGA